CUUAAUAUAUGGCAAUCCAUACACUCAUUGCAUGACUACAUGUAUUAUUACGCACUCAUUGUAUUGCAAUUGUAUUUAAUUGAUUAUCAAUUGAUUUUCUAUGCAAUCAAUGAUUUGAUAACAAUUAGUGUCCAUCACUGACACUAUGGACAGUGUUUGGACAGUUAGUAUCAAUGAUAUGGAUGUAAAUAAUGAUUAGUUAUGAAUAGCAUUGUUGUUGUGUUGAGUGGAAAGCCCUAACAAAGCCAUACCUGUAUUAUAUUAACUAUUAAUAGUUAUACAAAAAAAAGUUGUUUAUAUAUGAGUUGACAAGUGAUGAGUUCAACGACUAAUGGCAACCAAUCGGUGGACGAAUUUGUCGUCAAUGAUAAUCAGGACUCUUCGCAAAGCCAAAGUCAGAGUCAAACCCAACAACAGAGUCAAUCAUCGGGUAAUCAUCAACAACAACAACCGUCACCUUUAGCUCUAUUAGCGGCCACUUGUAGUAAAAUAGGUUCUCCUAGUGAACUGUCGGCUGAGGGCAGCGGUCAACCUAACGCGGCCACCACUACUGUAAAGCUUGUCGGCCAGAAUCAAGUGAUUCAGGCUUCAGACUUUGCGCACUUAAUCCCUGUCCACUCCGGACAAACGCUUGGAGUACUAAAUCCUGACGGAACUGUCACUCAACUCAAUCCACAGGUUGUGUCGGCCGUAAGCAGUGCUGGUAAUGUGGGAACACUAACCAAAGCGAUAACUUCAGUGGCCACCAAUCAUAAUACAAAUGCCUUAUCCAAUGCUACUCAGCUAUUCUCGCAAACGGCUGCCACCAAUGCUGGCAUUUAUAGCAUUCUUCAGCCGCAGCAACUUCAGAUCGAUGGUCAGGAAGCCAUCUUUAUUCCUGGAGCUCAACAGGCCAUCCAAUUAUCUGGCAAUCAGUUGUUGUCGUCACCCAAUCAAACAGUUGUAAGACAACAGAAUGCACAGCAACAACAACAACAACAAGCGGCACAACAAACAGUUUUUAUACCCGGAAUUGGAAAUGUAUCGCUAGGACAGUAUGCAUCUCCCGGUCAAACUGUUGCCGUAAGACAGGGAAAUGUUGUACAGACAUAUCAAUUGCCUGUCCAACAAACGAUUCCCGUUCAGGCAAUUUCUACACAAAAUGGACAAACUAUUCUACAAACAAUUCAUUUACCGAUUCAAGCGCUUCAAUCUCUCAACGCCUCUAAUAUCCAGCAAUUGACAGCACAAGUAGUUCCUCAAAUGCAACAGGUGCAAAUGGCACCGAUUCAAGUAUCACAAGCAAACAAUACACAAACAGCCAUCAAACAAGAACCGGGAACUGAAAACAACACAAAUAAUCAAACAAAUCAAAGUAAUAACGCUUCGACUGUUACGUCCAAUAACGCCGGCCAAACAGUACUGGCAAAUGUACAGUUACCUAACGGUCAAAUCGGUCAACUUAUAUCAGCACCCGUUUGGCCGACAAAUUCGUUGAAUAUUCAGGGAUUAGGAGGUAUUAUAUUUAAUGAUUUUAUUUAUAUAAAUGAUUAUAUGAUUAAAUUACUGAUAGGUUUAAGAACAGCUCAAAAUGUGAUUCAAGUGCAAGGGGUCGGAGGUCUUCAAACAAUUCAAUUGCAAGGCGGGGGUCAACAGCAGAUGAUUACCGCUACUCCAGCGCAACUUCAAAGCUUAAGUAUUACUCCCUCGGGUAACAUCGUGGCCAAUGUUCCGACCAGUACUGGUCAACAAGUUGGACCAUUAAGUCCAGUACAAGCCAUUCAAAUUGCAAAUGCAGGACAGUUUGUUACCCAACAAAUACAACAGGACCCAAAUGAUCCGACUAAAUGGCAACUCGUCUCCACACCCAAUGUUGCCGUUCAGAAUGCUAUUCAGGGCUCUUUUACCGCCACUCCUACUACUGAUGGAACAGCUACGCCAGGCAGUGAACCGGGAACCGGACGUAAAAUGAGACGAGUGGCCUGUACUUGUCCUAACUGUAGGGAUGGCGAGGGAAGAAAUAGCGAAACAAAAAAGAAACAACACAUCUGUCAUAUUCCCGGCUGUAAUAAAGUUUAUGGAAAGACAUCUCAUUUGAGGGCACAUCUCAGGUGGCAUACAGGAGAACGACCUUUUGUUUGCAAUUGGCUUUUCUGUGGCAAACGGUUCACCCGUUCUGAUGAAUUACAAAGACAUCGGCGAACACAUACCGGCGAAAAACGGUUUCAAUGCGCUGAAUGUCUGAAGCGUUUUAUGAGAAGCGAUCACUUAUCUAAACAUUUGAAGACACAUCAGGCAAAGAAAGUUAAUCAACAACAAAGUGAAGACAAUUCACUUACGGUUACCAAUAAUGAUAAUCUAACCAUUGAUUCGGAACAAACAGAUUUGGCUAUUAAUGAGAACGCAAGUGAUGCUAACUCUGAGACACUGACAUCACAAUAGCUUUGAGUGAUCUUAUUGUUGACUAAUUUUAGUUAUUUUAUAGAGACUUGAAGUUUAUUAAAUUAUAUAUAUAUU